UUAGAGAGUCUAUGCGAAUGUAAGUCAUUACUUACGACACUGCUGGUCGCCGGAAGAGCAUUCGCGUUAAUCUGAGUCCCAGCGGAAGUUGAUUGACUGAACCGCGGACGAAGCUGUUCCGUUGACUGACUAAACCACGAACGAGGCUGCUCCUCUUGUUGGUUAUUCUUUUGGAUCGAUGCUGUUUUUCGUAGCGAUAACGGCGGUGGUGCUUGUACUUUAGGCUGAGUCUGUUGUCCAAGGAAGGCUUUUAAUUUCCGAAAUUUGAUUUCGAUGUCAAUCGUGUAUUGUUCCGUAGAGAGCAUCUCUUCUUGAAUACCGUCGACUUCUGGGGACGAUUAAACUUUACCGGUACGCGUACCCUAACCCUAACCCUAACCCUUAACACCUUACACAUAACAACUAACGCAACGCCUUAUAAUCUUUUUUAUCCUAUAUAUUUCCUUAGUAUCGGGGGCUACCGCCCCCAAACCCCCGCGUUGUCGAUGUUGGCAAACAACUGCGUACCGGUAAAGUUCAAUCUAGCCGACUUCUGUUUGAGACAGGAUCUUCUCAUUGAAUGAUUCUAAAAUCUUCAUUUUCGUCUCAUAGGCUUCGAGAAUGGUAGAAAACUCUAUCAGCGUCGAAUCUGACUUCGCAUCUUCAAUAUUCUGCAAAUGACGCUGAAUUACUCCUCGAUGUCCAUCUCGAAUCGAAUGUAAUUUCUGAAGAUUCAUUUUAUCGUUUUGUCACGGCACCAAUGUUAAUUAUUUUAAUUGUACUUCGCUUAUAAACUAGACAACAAGUCUGUUUGGUUCGAUCCUUUAAUAACGUCUGAUAAAAGUAAACAACAAUAAAGAUGAUGACGUCAACGUAAAACAUACAUAAUUGCGGCAAAUAGCGUUGACGUCGCAAAUACUAAACACCCGCCAUCCAUGUAUAGUAUGGUAUGAAGCCUGUCAUCCAUGUAUAGCAUGGUAUGAAGCCUGUCAUCCAUGUAUAGUAUGGUAUGAAUUCCACCAUCUAUGUACACUAUUGUAUGAAGCCCGCCAUCCAUGUAUAGCAUGGUAUGAAGCCCGCCAUCUAUGUAUAGCAUGGUAUGAAGCCUGUCAUCCAUGUAUAGUAUGGUGUGAAGCCCGCCAUCUAUUUAUAGCAUGAUAUGAAGCCCGUCAUCCAUGUAUAGUAUGAUAUAAAGCCCGUCAUCCAUGUAUAGCAUGGCAUGAAGCCCGUCAUGCAUGUAUAGUAUGGUAUGACGCCCGUCAUCCAUGUAUAGUACGGUAUGAAGCCCGUUAUCCAUGUAUAGUAUGAUAUGAAGCCCGCCAUCCAUGUAUAGUAUGGUAUGAAGCCCGCCAUCCAUGUAUAGUAUUGUAUGAAGCCCGUCAUCCAUGUAUAGUAUGAAGCCCGUUUUCAAUCUAAAGUAUGGUAUGAAGCCCGUCAUCCAUGUAUAGUAUGGUAUGAAACCCGUUAUCCAUUUAUUGUAUGGUAUGAAGCCCGUUUUCAGUCAAAGUAUGGUAUGAAGCCCGUCGUUCAUGUAUAGUAUGGUAUGAAACCCGCUAUCCAUGUAUAGUAUGGUAUGAAGCCCGUUUUCAAUCUAAAGUAUGGUAUGAAGCCCGUCAUUCAUGUAUAGUAUGGUAUGAAACCCGCUAUCUAUGUAUAGUUUUGUAUGAAACCCGCUAUCCAUGUAUGAUAUUGUAUGAAACCCGCUAUCCAUGUAUAGAAGUGUAUGAAACCCGCUAUCCAUGUAUAGUAGUGUAUGAAACCCGUUAUCCAUGUAUAGUAUUGUGUGAAGCCCGUUUUCAAUCUAAAGUAUGGUAUGAAGCCGGUCGUUCAUAAAUAACAUGUUGUGGAUACCACCGUCUAUCUGUGUUUCAGUGAUCGGGUACCAUGCAGCUGAUCUCAAUUUUGACGCUGUGUGUGCUGGCUUGCCAGGUGAUGUCCCAGGGACCCGGGUUGUUCGUGCCUGACCCGAACGACCCCAACAUCUUGCGUCCCGUGAGGCUGGACGAGACUAGGCCCAAUAUCCGAGUCCAGCCGUACGAAGUGGAUCAACCCACAGAAAGCAUCUUGCCGCUUAUUGGCUUGAUGUUACUGGUGCCUUACUUCCUGCUCCGCCAGACCGGAAGCUCCACCACAAGUCCUGGUACUCUGAUCCCGGGGUCGGGCGGCAUCACGAUCAUCCGAGAACCUGUCUGCUGCUAACCGUCCUCACCAGCCAUGUCCGCACAACAUCAACGCGUCAAUACAGAUCGCCAACCAGACAUGUCCGCACAACAUCAACGCGUCAACUAAGAAUAUUUAGAAAUUAUUUAGUAGGAAUGUUAUCAUAUACCGAACUGUAUACUUUUUUAUACAUGAUAAACAUGUUCAAUGUAUUAAGUAUCUUUAAAUGUUAUUCCUUCGUUAAAUAAAUAUGCAAGAUUUA